CCUCACAGUGCUCUCGACUUCCACGAAACCAACGUCGCCCUCCUCGCCAUCUGCGGCGGCAUAGCCGGUACCAUUGAGAAAUGUCAAGGCGCGCCCACCUCGACCACCGGGACUAACGGAGGCUCGGAGUUCACUAUCACACCCGCUACAUCUGGUGCUACGAUCAAUAUCUCGAAGGGACGUUGGGAGCAGGGUAUUAAGGCUGUGGCAGCGACGUGUGGACAGAGCGUGCCUUUCACGGCUACGUUUACCGGUGGAGCGUCGACUGGAGAUGUUAAUGUUGUGUUGAAGGCGGCUUAA